AUUAGCUCCCCGCCCUGUGAGCGACAUGCUGAACUGUUCCAGGGUUUAAAAAGGCCUUCUUGACGCAGACAGCACCAGAACAUUUGGGCCCACUGAUGAAUGGAGAGGGUCAAAACAAAACACUCGAUCUAAUCUCACUGUCUUUCUAAAAACCACAGCCGGAGCCUCCACGCCACGCUACACAGGGUGACCUCCUCCAGCAGCCAGGAGUGGGCCUGAUCCAAGAGGGAACCCGACCCCGAGCUGAGCAGGAAGACAAGCGAUCAUGCCUCACAGCUGAGACGACCUCGUUGGACCGAGCUGGACACAAACGCCCCCGAGGCAAGAUGCUGGCUCAAAUCCUGGAGGACAUGUGGGUGGAACCAGAGGUGCUGGAAGCCCUCAGUGAGGAGCAGAAGAGGAUCCUCUUCCUGAAGAUGAGGGAGGAACAGGUACGCCGCUGGAGAGAGCGGGAGGAGAAGGAGGGGAGAGAAGGACAAGACAACGCCAGACCCGAGAAAGUUUCCACUAAGCGUGUGACGUGGCUUACUGGUCGGGAUGGCGACGUGAGUGUGAGCAUCAUUGGAGAGGUGGAUGAGUUCAAGUCCUCCAAACUCCUCCAGAACUUCAACAACAGAGUCCACCCUGAUAGUAUGAAUGGCAUCCAGACGGUGGACCUGCUGCCAGGAAGAGAGCCCCGGCAGCUCAGCUUCAAAGACGACAUCAAGCUGCCCGUCACAGAUGUUAAUGAAGACUCGGCUUCACCGAACGAGCAGUCGUCUGAGGAGGACAUGGACUCCUGCAGCACCGACGACAACCAGAAGGACCCCGGUGAGGACAGCGACAGCGAGUCGAGCAGCGGCUCGGACAGCAUUAGCGACCGCAACCUCGUCUACAGGCCCCAUUUUUGUAGCCAUGGCAACCAGCCGCUCAAAGCCCAGCUGUCAGGCACAGAGAGGGCUAGCCUUCAGGACAGAGAAGCCGUUUGUCACAGAGAGACGUCAGAAAGCCGAGGCCGUGUGGCGCAGCUCAAGAAGGCGUUCGCAGAAGAGCCUCACAAGAGAUCACCUCCCUCCAACAAACCGCCCGUACCUGCCAAACCUGCUCAUCUGCAGAAAAGAAGCCAACACUGA